GCAGACAGGAAGUGAUUGUUGGCAGGGAAUCGACUGUCAACUCACGCUGCGUUGUCGUGCUAUCCAGCUAGCUCAUUAGCUGGCAAGCUCAUUUGAACCAAAAUUCAACAUUUUCAGCUGAGGAGCAGGCCUGGUGAGAUUGUUUGCACAACUUGGGAUAUACAGUAGGCACCAUGUUGGUCCCCAUAUUCACUCUGAAGCUGAAUCACAAGAUUAACCCUCGCAUGGUGACUGUUGGGAAAUUUGAUGGAGUCCACCCAUGCCUUACUGCAGCCACACAGGCUGGAAAGGUUUUUAUCCACAACCCUCAUGCUCGUGGUCAGAGACCUGUUGCCCACCGACUGAGCCAGAGCACCCAGGACUCUGACAUCUCUCUCCUCAACAUCAACCAGGCAGUCACUUGUCUGACAGCAGGAACGUUGGGACCAAACACUACUGGGGACACACUGUUGGUGGGAUCCCAGACCAACCUACUUGCCUAUGAUGUCCAUGACAAUGCUGAUAUAUUCUACAGAGAGGUGACGGAUGGGGCAAAUGCUAUUGUGUUGGGGAAACUCGGGGACAUCCCGACUCCUCUCGCCAUCAUUGGAGGGAACUGCGCCUUACAAGGCUUCGACUAUGAGGGCAACGACCACUUUUGGACAGUAACUGGAGAUAAUGUCAGAUCUCUGGUGCUCUGUGACUUCACUGGGGAUGGGAAAAAUGAGCUCCUGGUAGGAUCGGAGGACUUUGACAUCAGGGUAUUCAAAGAGGAUGAGCUUGUGUCUGAGAUGACUGAAAAUGAGACAGUAACAUCACUAUGCCAUAUGCAUGGCAGCAGGUUUGGCUAUGCCCUGGCUAAUGGCACCGUAGGAGUUUAUGACCGCACUGCCCGCUACUGGAGGAUUAAGUCUAAGAAUCAUGCAAUGAGCAUCCAUGCCUUUGACCUGAAUGCUGACGGGGUGGUGGAGCUUAUCACUGGCUGGUCCAAUGGAAAGAUUGAUGCUCGUAGUGACCGCACAGGCGAGGUAAUUUUCAAAGACAACUUCUCCUCUUCUGUGGCUGGAGUGGUGGAGGGAGACUACAGGUUGGAUGGGCAGAAACAACUUAUCUGCACAUCUAUAGAGGGAGAGGUCCGUGGUUACCUGCCAGCCAGUAAGGACCUUAAAGGGAAUCUCAUGGACUCCAGUGCUGAACAGGACCUCAUUAGAGAGCUCAGCCAACGCAGACAGAAUCUGUUACUGGAAUUACGCAACUAUGAAGAGAACGCCAAGGGUGUGUCAGAGACAAACAGUGGGAUGGGUGUCAUACCAGCCAACACUCAGCUCCAGACUGCGCUGUCAGUGAGACCUGCUACAGAGGCCCAGAAGGCUCAUGUAGAGCUCAGCAUUUCAACACCAAAUGAAACCAUUAUCCGUGCAGUGCUCAUCUUCGCAGAGGGGAUAUUUGAGGGGGAGAGCCAUGUUGUCCACCCCAGUGCCCAGCACUUGUCAGGCUGUGUCCUAGUCCCCAUUGUCCCCCCAAAAGAUAUACCAGUAGAUCUGCAUAUCAAAGCAUUUGUUGGAGGGAAAACUAGCACCCAAUUCCACGUGUUUGAAAUCACUCGUCAGCUGCCUCGUUUCUCCAUGUAUGACAUCACAGUUGACUCCUCAGCUGCUCCGCCCACUGGAAGGGUCACCUUCAGCAUCAACGACCGACCACAGCGGGUGGCGAUGUGGCUGAAUCAGAACUUCCUGCUUCCAGAGGGAGUAGACACUCCUGAUGUCACUUUUAAUUCACUAAGAGGAGGGGGACUGUUGUCGAUCAGCAUGGCCAGCAAUGGACAGAUCACUCUGAGAACUGAUGACAUUGACCUGGCAGGAGAUUUGGUCCAAUCACUGGCCUCCUUCCUGGCAAUAGAGGACUUGUCAGCAGAAGCAGACUUCCCCGGAUACUUUGAGGAGCUACGCAGUACACUCACUGAGGUGGAUGAGUUCCAUUCUGUUCAUCAGAAGUUAACUGCAGCUAUAGCCGACCACUCCAACUACAUCAGGAACAUGCUGGUGCAAGCAGAGGAUGCUCGCCUAAUGGGUGACAUGACAACUACAAAGAAGCGUUACAGAGAGCUGUAUGAUCUAAACAGGGAUCUGAUCAACGAGUAUAAAAUCCGCUCUAACAACCACAACGCACUACUGGCCUGCCUCAAGUCUGUCAACCAGGCCAUACAGCGGGCUGGUAGACUCCGAGUGGGUAAGCCCAAGAACCAAGUAAUCUCUGCCUGUCGAGACGCCAUCAAGAGCAAUAACAUCAAUGCACUCUUCAGGAUCAUGAGAGCUGGCACUGCAUCCUCCUGAGGGUGGAAUGAGGGGGGAAUGCAGGAAUGGACAAACAGAUUGAAAGAAGAGGGAUGGUCACAAGCACAACCGAUCAGUACUGUCAUGUUGAACUUCAUCUAUUUCAAACAUCCAGCAAGGAUGUUUCACCAGAAUGAUGAGCCUGGGAAGACACCUAAACAUGGACAUGAAAGGCAGAAGACACUAAGACUGUGGAAUGGGGAUGCUGUUGUAGCCUUAAUCUAUCUUUUUCCAUGAUUUAGGAAUAAGCAACAUUUGGCACCAGCUCCAUAAUACUUUGAGUGUACUUGAAACUUGAAAUUCUGCUAGCUCACAGAAAUAAAAUGCUGACCACAGGCUUAGUGCACUGGCAAAAUUGUCAUCCAUUUCAGUCUAGCUCUGUGGCUGUUUGGAAGAGCUUGAUUUAGCGCAGUUACAGCUUAGAUAAAUAAUUGUCAAAACUAGUGUAGGAGUCAGCAGGCAGGAGUGACACAACUGUUUAGAGAGUUCAGCUGAACCAAAACAAGGAGUGGACUCUUUCCCCAAACUGUUUCUCAAAAGCAAUAGAACAAACAUUGCUUGAAUACAAUGAGAAAUUCAUUUUAAAUCAAAGGUUUAACAUAUUGCUGUUGUCUAAAACUCGUGCAAAACAAAAGUUAGUCUUUUUCUUCAGUUAUACGCUCACAUAUACUAUCUGAUAGCAUCAGUAGUUAAGAGUUAAGAAAGAAAUAGUUGAGCCUAAUGUCCAUCGAAUGUAUUAGAGGUGUUCCAGGUGACGUUGCACAUUUGAGAAAAUGAGUAUCUGCUGGAACGGUACCUGACUGUGUAAUUGAGCUGAUGCAGUGAUGUUUAGAGAGAGCACAGCUGGAGCAAGACAGAGAGCAGUUUCCUCUCAGAUAGAGAGUCGUGCCAUUGAAGUCACUGCUGGCCCUGAUAGUUCUUUGUGACAGCUCACUCAGACUCAGCUCUCUGCUCCCAGCUGUUGUGUGUUUGUGUGCUGUUUGUAGCCAAAGAAAAUUAAAUUAAUGAAUGUCACAGAGGACCAAUGCUGUGUGUUGAACUUGUUUACCUUUUGUAGAUUGUACACAGAAUCACAGAUAUUAAAUAUCAUUUUGUGUUUGUGGCAGAAACUAUUAUUAAAUAAUGUUUUAAAAGUU